UUCUGUCUACUUUUUCUUUUAUUUUUCUUUUCGACUUAAUUUGCACCGACCAAGGCUGAACAAGUAGUGGCGCUAAGACAAUGCAGCGUUGCCUAGGAUUCAUUGGGCUUGUUACAUUGUGUUGCCUAGUGUUGUUGAAGUGUUUAAAGGUGUCUUAUCAGGUCCCAGUUCCGCACAAUGUUUCUGACCUACAUUGGCAUCCUGCCACCGCCACUUGGUACGGCAGUCCUGACGGUGAUGGCAGCGACGGGGGAGCAUGUGGGUACGGGUCGUUAGUCGACGUGAAGCCGCUGAGGGCCAGAGUGGGAGCGGUGAGUCCAGUGCUGUUCAAGAACGGGGAAGGGUGUGGGGCACGCUACAAAGUUAGGUGCCUAGACAAGAGCAUAUGCUCAAGGAGGGCCGUGACCAUCAUUGUAACUGAUGAGUGCCCUGGAGGGUACUGCGCCAAUGCCCGCACCCACUUCGACCUGAGUGGCGCAGCCUUUGGCCGCAUGGCUAUAAACGGUGAGAGUGCAAAGCUCAGGAGCCGAGGCGAACUCCCAGUCGUUUAUAGAAGGGCACCAUGUAAAUAUCCUGGAAAGAACAUAGCCUUUCAUGUUAAUGAAGGUUCUACUGAUUAUUGGCUAUCUAUUCUGGUGGAAUUUGAGGAUAGAGAUGGAGAUAUUGGGUCAAUGCAUAUUAGGGAAGCAAGUUCUAAUGAGUGGUUAGAGAUGAAUCAUCUAUGGGGAGCAAAUUGGUGCAUAAUUGGGGGACCCUUGAAAGGACCAUUCUCAGUGAAACUAACAACACUAUCAACAGGAAGAACACUCUCUGCAAGGGAUCUCAUCCCAAGAAAUUGGUCGCCAAAAGCAACUUAUACCUCUCGCCUCAACUUCUUCUAACUGUGAAAGUAACCACAAUUGCCUAUGACACCAAAAGUAUUCUUUUUUUUUUUUUAAGGGAUAACCUUUGGACAGCAUAAUAGCAUCCAAGGACACUCUUUCGUUUCUUUUGUUUUUUUCUUCGAUAGUUUCCCCUACUUUUGUAGUGUGAAAGUGUUUGUAGAUCAUGUAGCCCUCUCCA